CCACUCAUUGCUCUGCCGACUUCUCCGUGUACACGCCUGCCUUCCUCGUCUGCCCACCAUCGACGACAGAUGCUGAUGCGCCUGCUGUCACCGUGGGGACGCCAGGCGACACGGCCGACUGCACAUAACACACACAAAUCACCUAUACAGACUGUGGUUGUGCGUGUGGCUGCCCGUCGUGCCUGUGUCAUGACCGGCGAGCGUGUCUCAUCCCACUCGACGCGCGUCUUUUGCUGGGCAAAUCGUGAGCCAGCGCCAACCUGACGCAAGCAGCAGCAACACACACACAAAACAUCGACCGAGAGACACACACAGAGCAUCGAUGCAUCAUCCAUACCUUAAGUGGGUCUCCGAUGCGCGAAACCGCGUUUAAGGGGAGCGCUGAUGAAAGCACAGCGCUCUUCUUCUCACCCACAGGCGGCGGUGGUGUCUCUUCCUCGAUGUGAGUCUGCUCGAUGCUGUGUGCCUUGGCCGACGACUCCUCGAUGGGUGCUGCUGCCGGCUGUGGCGGCGCCGCCGCCGCUGCCUCUUGUGUCUCUGCGGCAUGUCUCUUGGCUGCUGCGAUGUGCUUGCCCCACUCAGCUGUUGCGGCCAUGUUCCUGACUGUGCGCUCCACCUUGCCUAACCGCCGCUCACGCUCCACACUCGACUCCUCCAUGUCCAGCAUCUCUACACACAAAGACAUCCAUAGAUCAUGUCAUGUGUGUUCGACACUGUGUGCACACGUGCCUUGUAUCUGGUCGGCAGCUGAUCGCAUCGCGGUGAGUUUCGCCUGGUCGGUGAGUUUGUUGGUGUCCUCGUCUUCGGUGACCAUGAUGCCCAUCAUCGGCGGCCGCAUUAGCUGUGUCACAUACUGACCCCGGUGGAGCAUAGCGGGGUCCAGCCGGCUGCGAGACUGAACGAAGCGGGGCAGGCCAGCCGCUGCUGUCCUCCUGCUCCUCACACCCUGACACACACCCAUGCACACAUACGUAGAGAGAGAGAGUGUCAAUCGACGCCUCCGUGUUUUCAGUUUUGUGUGCUUCUCGCUCACAUUGACUUCUCUCAUGUCGUUUUGGAGACGUGUGUAUGUUCGCUGAAAUGCCUGCCACGUGUCCUUGAGCUCUGCCAGCUGCUUUUGGAGUGAUUCAUUGUCGGUCUGAGCGUCAGCAGUGGCCUCUGCUCCCUCGGUCGGCGGCAGCGAGUGACACACCACCAGCUGGCAUGUCGCAAAGACAACAGUCAACAGGUGCGACAU